AUUCUAAGAUGAAUAAUCAAAAUAAUGUAGAUUGUAAUAAACUGAGAUGAAACAAGCUUAAACUUGUAAGUUUUUCGCUGCGAAGCCAAAUAGACGAUGGCUAUGACAGACUUUGCCAGUAUCGUGGCCGCGCAGCCGCCCCUACCGAUCUCUGCUGAGAUGAAUAUGAUGCUUCACAACAAUAUUUUCGAAGGUCGGUCAUACGACACAUCCAAGACAGACCUCAUCCCUCAUUUCAGCGCCGCCACCCUUCAGUUUUUGCAAAAGUUGUCGCCGUCGCUGCAAAAAGCUGCGCUUUCGGCUAUUCGGAAAUCGCCGAAGUCAAGUUCUGAAGUUACCCAACCUAAACUUACCAGAGAUACUACCACCUCAACUACAACCACAACUGCAACUCCACCAACAACCCAGUCGACAACUCAAUUUUCCUCCUUUCAAACUACAAGGUCUACCACAGCACAGACGGCCAGCACCUUGGAUUCAAAACAAAUGCACCGAUUUCCGUUACGAAAGCAGAAAAAAAUUACCGAUAACAUCAAUUCCAAUAACCCGGCGACACCUCCGUCGUUCCACUGGGGGGACAUUGAGGAUGACAUAAGUCCGUUUUGGAAAGACGAUUACUCAGACGGAAGUGAAGUUGAUACCCCGGGACGGGUGAAUCGUAUGGGUCUCAUCAGCCCCAGUAACAGCGAAGAUGCUGGGAUCGUUCUUCUCGUUGCCAUUUUCAACCUACUUGCAGUCGUAGUGUAUGCUGCUCAUCGCCAUGUAACCAACACCCCUUCGCUACCACCUCGAGUUUUAGAUUGGCAGGUGCAGAAAGUUCUUGAUGAGCUCGUGCUAAGAGUCCACAGCUCCUCGGGAGCAGCCAAACUCGUAGCACGAGCCUUACCUCCGGGAAUCUCAUCUGAGGGGUUCGGAGGAAGAUCAAUAAAUUUAACUCCCCAGAACGGUUUGCAGAUCUUACACAAUGCAAAAGAUUUCAUGUUGAAAGUAGCUUCUUCACCGAUGGCUAGUAGCAAUGUGAACCUGCCAAAAGAUAUUUAUAAGCCGUUCACAGAAAUAUACUCGGCGGUUUCUGGUGAUUUAGAAAAUAUUUUGGCAGACGAAAAAAAUGUUUCUGUGACAGAGUUCGAGGAAGAAGGUCGGCAUUUUUCGAGUUCCUCUGAUCUCGGAAAACCAGUGUGGAUGCAGUUAGCUCUCAGUGCUUCAGAGCUUAAUGGUGUUCAGUGGGAUGGAGUUCUCCGUACUCUAACAAUGCUUGGGAGAUCUAGGGCUUUGAUUUCAUCACAAAUGAUGGCCAACGCUUUGAUGAAUGCUGUAGCUUCUCCCGAUGGAUCCGCGAGGAAUCUCGAAAGUAAUCGAUUACUAAAGGGUAUCGCCGAACUCGGAGAAGCCACUCUCAGCAAACUGCCUGCAAGAACGAAACGGUCGUACCCUCAACCCGCGUCAACUGCGGCCGAACCCGAUGACUCACGUAUCAUGAUGCGAACCGGUGUGGUUUACAACGCACCAAGUCUGGCGGGUGCUGGGGGAGAGGUGGGGGAACAUUGGGCUCACCGUUGGUUCUCACUGGUCACUAGGUUGGCGCCUGUAGCUCUGGAUGCCACUACAAUGUACGCUAGGGCGCACAGGGAGCCGACGUGCCUCAGGUCGCUGCUCUGUACCAUCAAUUUCUCAUGGAAGAAAGUUGGACCUCUGCAGGCGGCGCUCACUCCGUUGCUCAGCGUGUUGACGAGCUGGGCGCUGGAGGACCGCAUGCCACACCCGCUGGGGGAGAGCCUGGCCGCAGUCAGGAGCGGGUGGCUGGGCCGCAACUGCGCGAUGCUCUACCCUGAAUGUUCCAUCACCCAAGCCCCCGAAGACGUCGUCAAGCAGGCACUCACCUACUUCUCCCGUUUGGAAUUUUCGCUCGCCGAAAAUUCAGCACCCACCCCUUCUGCGCCUCGGUCAGACGACAGCAGCUACGACCUCAUCAUGUUCGAUGACAACGCAGGGCUCGCUAGUGCUCCUACUGAGCACCAGGACAAAAACCCUCAUCACUCAAGGAUCAGCGAAGAUCAGGAGGUUCAUAAGCAAGGAUCGUCAUCCUUCGGGACAAGUUCUCACAUCAACACUCAUGAGCAAAACUCAAAUCAAGAUUCUGAACAUCGUGAACCUGGUAAUGUCGAACCAGAGUUUGAAUAUCAGUCGCACCCUCAUCAACAAGGCGACGAUACACAAUCCCAGAACUUUGAACACUCACAAGGACAGAUUCAACGUACAAAUGGUAAUCCGGAUCCGGGUUUUGAUGAGCGCAUGGACGGACACUCACAGGACCAAGACAGUUACGAACUGUACAGAAAGGAAACAUACGGGCCGUACAUUUCAACCAAUCAAGUAAAGAAUAAAUCAAACCCUCCAGCUGUUGAUGAUCAUCGUAUCGAGGACUUAAUACACAAUCAUAAAAUGCACGAGAAUGAAGUGGAGCGCCAUGAUCGGGAGCCCUACCAACGCGCAUCCCGUGAAGACGAUGGCGGUCAAGGUUGGCUCAGGGAAGCCAUGGAGUCGCGUCCUGGACAUGGAGUAAUUUCUGGCGUGGCAAGAGAGCAGCAGCAGCAAGAGUUACAGCAACAACAACAGCCACAGCAAACACAGCUACGCCCACAGCAGUCACAUCAGCAGCAGCCUCAGCAGUCACACCAGCAGCAGCCACAGCAGUCACAUCAGCAGCAGCCACAGCAGUCACACCACCAUCAGCCACAUCAGCAGCAGCCACAGCAGUCACACCAGCAGCAGCCACAGCAGUCACAUCAGCAGGAGCCACAGCAGUCACACCAGCAGCAGCCACAGCAGUCACAUCAGCAAGAACCACAGCAGUCACAUCAGCAGCAGCCUCAGCAGUCACACCAGCAGCAGCCACAGCAGUCACAUCAACAGCAAGAACCACAGCAGUCGCAUCAGCAGCAGCCACAGCAGUCACAUCAGCAAGAACCACAGCAGUCGCAUCAGCAGCAGCCACAGCAGUCACACCAUCACUCACAUCAGUCACAGUUAUACGAACGUUACGACAGUCCCCAGAAAGAUGACGGAGAAAAAAACCUUGCAACGCACAGCGUCAUCGCUGGAUUAGACUUGCAAGAUACAGCCGUCGGUCGAGCGGAGGCUCUCGUAGCAUCCGGAGCAUCAAAGAAUAAAGUGGGCCAUCGAGAGGCAUUUGGCGAACUUGCAAUAGUUUCGCAGUCGUCAUCACCAGCUCCAGCAGAGUCCUUCCAGCGCCAUCAGCAAGAAGUUCACUACGUUCACCACACCGACGGUCCCGCACAACAUCUUCGUCACAAGCUUCUCAUAGGAGACGUUAACCAAAACAACAAUCCGCUCUCACGACCUGCCAGGCGACAAAGUCUGAGUUUUUACAAGCCUUCAAACCUCAGGCACAAAGUUGGAGCAGAGUCCAAGUUGCAGCGCAAUGGAGACUCAGAGUCGGAAUUGAAGGAGACUUCGUCGAAAAGAAAAAACGCUCAUCAGCACCGAAUUGAACUUCCACUGGGACGUGUUUUCCCUAAAAAAAUUCGUGUUUCCAAUACCGGUUUGAAGCCAAGGCCUCUGCAGCCAAAAUCUCGCUUCUUGUUCCGAUCUUCUGGAGAAGUCAAUACUCAGAAUAUACAUAAAUCGAACAUGAAGUUCCAUGAAAAACGUCAUCCUCCUCGAGUGAUAUUUAAAACAACUCUCAACAAUCAGAAAAGAGUCGAACUCUUGAAUGGCGUCGAUAACGAGAUGCUGAAUCAUCAACGUAAGAAUUCAAAGCUUCCUUCAGGAUUAUUUUCAAAUUUGAACUCUCAAAAUGACGCGAUAAUUACCGAUCCAAUCCAAAAUUCACAAGAUUUUCCAGUAAAAUCUUUGAUAAAUUUUGGAGAUGACUCCCAGUUACGACGCGGAACCGUUCUUCCUUCAGACGAAAGACGGGACAGAAACCAAGAUCCUUCUUUAACAGAAGGAUCUCCUAAAUAUAAGUACGGAUUGAGAAGAGGCCUUCCCGCGGUUACGGUUGAAAACUUCGGCUUGCCAAUGGAAGGAAAAACUCGAACAUCUCAUCUACGGCAGCGCACCAGACCUUGGUUUACUUAUUACAACUCAAAUAAAUACUCGAAAUACCCGCAUAAGAACACAAAAAAAUCAAGCAUCGCACUCUCUCCUGAACGAACAAUUCAUCCACCAGUUGAGGAGUUUGGUCCGCAAGAUGCCAUUACCGACGAGCUUAAAAAUGUUCUGUUAUACGAGUACAUUAGAGAUCAAGUGAAAGAACAACCUAAGAAAAACGAAACAGAUUCAGAGAACACUACUAAGCCAUUUAAUGACGAAUAACUUACAUUAUACUCAUAUAUUUUGCCUAUCAGUAAAAUACAGUGAAAACCAUUUAAUUCUAGGGCAUUAUGCGACCAUGUUUUCAUCACGUAGCAUUAGGUAUAUCAUCAGUAUUUUAAUUAUAUACUAAAUGCAUUAGGAGAAAUUUUACAAUCGCAUAUUAUAACCCCCUAUUCAGACAUGUAUUCUAUUUAUCUCCAAGCCGUUCUUGGGAUAUUUUUGGGUAUGCUAAGCAUGAGUCAGAACAUUAGUAUCACUUGCUCCUGGCAGUAAACUACUUCGAGGAAAAUUCACAUAACCUGGGCUACUUUUCUCGUAAUAUUUGUGAAGCGAAAAUAACUUUGUUAUGUCACAAUACACAUCGUCAUCGAAAAGUUAAACAGUAUUUUUUAAUAAACUGAUAGAUCCGUCGAAAAAAAUUGGAUGAGGUACAGAGAAAAGGUGACAAAAAAUACAAUAUUUGCCAAUUUCUCCAUUUUUACAGCUUAAACAUUCUCUAAAGAUUGUAUAGAAAUAAUAUCUAUUAAUAAAUAAGACCUGCAGCGACAGCAGUCUGAAUUUCCGCAAGAAUGGUAGCGCAAUUUCAGCGCAGAUAUUUCACACGGUGAAGAAAGCUAGAUAUUUAUUCAAUAUUUAUAGUUUUAAUAGAACUAAAGCAUACGAGUAAACUUCAAGCCAAGUUC